AUGCUCGAGUCCCACGACACGCAGCUGUUCCGCACAACUGUUUCGGUUCUCACAAUCCCCAGAGACCGAUUCUGGCUGUUCAAAAGCGGUGUUCUGGAGAUUUUGUAUAAGCUAAUUGACAGUUUGGAGGGCCUGAGCGAUACUGACGAAGACAGUGGAGACGAAAAGCAUCUGGUUAACUCCGUGCAUUCUCUGAACAUCCACAAGGACGACACCAGCGAGCAAGACUCGCUGAACUCCGAGGACGACGGACUAUUUUUCCAUUUGGCCUUUACCCCUGAGGAGGUCACCUUUAUGUGCAGCACGAGUCUGAUCCAGAAAUAUCUUUCCAAGCCGUUGGCUCUCAACAAACAGGCUCAAUUGGGUGCAACACUGAUUGAAGAGGAGUUUUUGGUUUUGCAGGUUUUGACUGACGGCACUAUCAUUGGCAAGAAAAUCCUGGAGCUGACUGCCCCUCUUUCGGAGCAAGGAAUUCCUAUUUUCUUCAUUUCCAACUACUUCAGCGACCUCGUGUUGAUACCAGCUGCUCACCGGACGGCAGCUGUUGAGAUCUUGGAAAAGGCGCAGUACACGGAUACUAGCAAGCUAGAGCAGGAGACGUUCCAGCUAUUUAGGUCGAGCUCGGUGAAACCCGUGCUCAACACAGACGUCAAGAUUCUGCUAACGGGUGCCCGUCCUGGAGACUCUUCGCUGGUUCUGCGACAGACCGUGGAGGCUCUGUCUAGAUACAAUACUGAACAGAGCGGCACGAAGCACUCGUUCCUGGCAUACUUUGCUCUGACCCGAACGCCUACCGAGGACAUUGGGUUGCUUCUUCCCCUCGCAGAUGACGAGAUGGCGAAAAUAAACUAUUCAAAAGCCACAAUCUUGGGAUCGUUGCAGGACUUCUACUUCCCGUUAUUCAUCAACCUGAAAUCGCUUCCUUUGGACCUGAAGGGCAUUGUUGCCGGUGUUGCGUCGAAACUGCUGAAGCUCGGUCUGAACGAAAUGAGCUACGUCAGUCUGGGGCGCUCUGCCGUUGUGCUCGUGCCAGAUAACUUCCAGGAUACAGUCCAGAAAAUGCUGGACUCCAUGUGA